UGUCUGACUAUACAAAGCUGAGGCAGAUCUCCUACUGCCUCAUUUCUUGUCUUUUCCUGCAGGGAACCUUGCAAAUGUGAAGGGUUUUGCCUAUAGAAAAUGAUUACAGCAAUACAAAGAAGAUGCUUAAAGUUUUGCCAGCUCUUAUGCAUGGAGAGGCAGUGAAUACAGACAUGGCUUUUAUGACUUAUGUAUCAUAUGAAAAAGGAUUGAUCACAGUUGAAGAGAAGAAUCGGACGCUGCAGUGCAUGAGAACCUUGGAACUUCCAGUCUGGCACAAAGACUGCACUCUCCAGCUUAUAAAGAAAGCAAUGGGGGAACGGCUUAAACACAGCGGUGGCAAAAUACGUUUGCCUCUCCCCACCGGUCUUGGAACUGCAGAAAUUUUCAACAACGUCAAUACAGAAUCGAUCAGAAAAGCAUUUGAGCUGUGGGAAGAAGAAUGUCAGGAAUUACUUACCUAGAAACUGAAUUAUGUCUAUAGAGAUAGAUACAGCAGAGUUUACAACUAAUAUAGAAAUCCUCUUUAUUUGUGAAAUCUCUCAAACUGAAAUACAAACUGUGAGGUCUGCUGCUCAGAUCAUUAUAUAGCUGUGGCCCAAAAUACUAAACUCUGUUGAGUUGGGCCACUGUAUGGGGCUAAGGGCCUGCUUCCGAGUCACAUACCGCUGUAGCGCCGUUUGUCGUAGUGACUACUGAGACUUUACUAGUAUCAGACCUCCCCCUGGUGUACAAGCGUGCGUCUGGCUGUGCAGGACUCAGACACCCCAACUUUGUGCAUCCAUAGAUCCUAUAAUUUCGCUUGGUGCAUCAUUAGACGCCAACAUCGGAUGCAUCACAGAAACUUGCACCAGCCCUAAAGUAGGUCCAGAUCAGACUUGCCAACUCUGGGUGGCGUGGGGGCAGGGCCUGCAACAAAAAUCUUGAGGCCUGGUGGAGUGAUACCUCUGGGAUAUAUAUAUAUAUAUAUAUAUAUACUUCCUUCCUUCCUCUCAAACACACCCCACAGUCUGUGUCCCACUCUCUCCUUCCUCCCACACACCCCACAGUCUGUCUCUCCCCAAUAACUCCAUGCUGCAUUCCCAGCUCCCUCACCCCCAUCCCAAAGCCCUGUAUCCCUUUACCAAGCCACUCUCACCCUGGGGAGAGACUCACCUGCGCUGCACCUCCUAGCAUACAGACCUCGCACAGAAGGCACCACGUGGCCCUCACACCCCACCAGAAGAGGCCGGCGCAGGGCACAGGAAGCCUGGCCAGCGGAGCUGCUGCCAUGUCCCGUAACUGCCUGCAACAGAGCUGUAUCCGGAAGAGUGAGAGCACACUCGCUCCGCACAGUCAGUGUGUGUGAGAGGCUCCUGUCACUCUGAGGCUGCCGCCACACCACCUACAGCUUGCUGCCCUAUCUGGACCAGACGGCUCACAUCCCUGCCGGGAACUAAGUGGCAUAUCCUUGGGGCCCCUCUAACCCUUGGGGCCAGUACAGGUGUAUCAUUUGACCCCCCUGUCGCUGGUCCUUUGUGGGAGGUGGAAUCGUAAUUGCCUCAUCGUGACCCUGUUAUACAAUGCUUAGUAGCGAUAUUGUAAAGCAGGGGGCGGUGCUCUGAUGAUGUGAUUCAGCGUGAAUUGUGUCACCCCAACCCCACCUCCAGCCCACUUUGACUAGGUAAGUGGACGGGGAAAGUGUGCGGAUGUGGAAGGGUGGUGGGGUGGACAUGGACAAGUGGAGGCAUCUCCAGGACAUUCAUCUCCAGCUAAGCAAUUUCUUGUGAGAGCAACUACUCCGCAAUGACAACACCGAUUUUGAUGGUUCAGGUAUCAUUUGACAGGGUGUGUGAUGUAAUGUGCAAUAAGGUCGCAGAAUUGUGAUGUGGUCAGGUUGUUGAGUAAUAAUUCGGCAAACUCUUUAUUUUUUCACACAGAAAAAGCAUUGAGUAGGUUAGGUUGCAAAUUGCAGCAAAGUCCUUUCCAAUUUUUUUUAUUUUUUUUUGCUUGAUAUCGAGCAGCGCGGUUGACUAGUACUAGUGCUUACUAUCAGCCUCCAAGGAAUUGGCGUCUUGCUGAGCGAAACCCAGUGCCUCUCAUAGUACAUGUGACAGAGAUGUGGAGAAAUUCUGUGAGGGUUUUUUUUUUUUUUUUCAGAGUGACUACAGUGGGUAUAUUUGUAAAUACGAGUGUGUAAUAGUGAUACAUAUAAUUUAUGUGCCUAUAUAGCAGCAAUCAAAACAUUUCUUAUCUAAUAACUUCGUUAGUGUAGCUGUAUAUGGUCAAUAUAUAGAAGGACAAGAUCACAAACCCAACACUUGAUGAUUCUGUCAGAAGUUACUGUAUUUCCUGGACAAGUUAUUUAAGCAUGUUUAUGGGAAGUUUGGCCACCAGAUGGCAGUGUUCCAUAACUAACUUUCAGUAAUACUGUAUUUACAUUUUUUUUAUCUCAACUUACUGUAGGAAGCACUUACUGACUGCAUUUAAUAAUGUAAAGGUUACUAAUAAUUAUUGUUGUUGUGCUGUAAAGGUUACUAAUAAUUAGUCCUACUUACAGACAGGCUUACCAUACUAUCCCUUUAGGGCCUAAUUCUGAGUUGAUCGCAGCAGAUGGGCAAAACCAUGUGCACCAUACCUCCCAACUUUCUUUUCCAGUGGAGCGGGCGCGCGCUCCCGAAAAGGGGGUUGUGGCUUACGAAAAGGGGGCAUGGCUUCGCGGGAGGACCCGCGAUCGCGAGUCACGCCCCCGUUUUCGUCACUGAGGGGGCAUGCCCAGCGCUCUGUGAGCCGCUGGCAUGCUCCCUCUCCCUCUGACUCCUCUCCCUCUGACUCCCUCUGACUCCGCUGGCAUGCUCCCUCUCCCUCUGCUAAGCAGGGCAGCGAGAGACGGAGCCUCGCAACUGCCCCCCCCCACCGCGGGACAGUGCGGCCCGCGGGUGGGACAGCGGGACAGUCCCCAAAAAACGGGACUGUCCCGCGAAAAACGGGACAGUUGGGAGGUAUGUGUGCACUGCA